UCUGGUCCCAAGCACAACAAGCAAGUCCACAUCGUGUGAGGAAUGUGUGUACUUACAAACAGAAGUCUUGCAACUUAAAGCAGACUUAAAAUCCAUGAAGACACAGGUGAAAAAGUUGGAGAGAACAGAAAGUCAGCUGCUUGCUGCUCUUGAACAAGCAACUAAAAAGUCUACAGUGUUUUCACAAGGAUGUCAGACUGAUAAUUACAAUCAUGAACCUGAAUCUGAUGAUGAAGAAAUGGACAUUGAGGAGGAGGAUAUCUGUGACCCUGAGUGGCAGGAAAAAGUACAGAGGGAAGUUGACAAAGUCUUCAACCAAGACAAUGAAGUGGCCAUGGAGGAGGAACCUGUCAUCGCCAAUGAUGGCAAGUACAAUGAGCUGGSUGAAGACAAUCCAGAAUAUAGUAACCCCGAGAGUGAUAAUCUUGACCCCAGAUUGACCACAGAAGGAAAAGAUUGUAGAGAGCAACUAAAGUGUAUUGUGUUUCUAUCUAACCUGCUCUUGUUAUUUCAAUUUUGCCACCUGUGUUGUCACCCCAAGCCAUCAAUUUCCACGAAACAGACUGGGACAAUGAUAACUGUCACUACACUUUGCAGUAAAUGCAAAAAGACCAGCACUUGGCUUAGUCAGCCCUUAAUAUUAGGAAAAUUCCCAGCCGUAAACAUUCUAUUAAGUUUUGGCAUUUUGACAGCUGGGGCCUCCAUCAGGAAAGUGCUACUGGUGCUGAGGCACAUCAACGUAAUGGUCUAUAAUGAAACGACCUACUAUUAUCAUCAGAGACAUUUSUUAAUACCAGCAAUUGUCUCAUUCUGGCGGCAGUACCAACAAGGUCUAAUAGACAAAUUAAAUGGGGUAGAAGUGGAUUUGGCAGGAGAUGUCCGCCAUGAUAGCUCGGGACACUCGGCGAAAUAUGGCACUUAUACUAUCUUCUGUUGUACGUUGGGCCUCAUYAUCAACAUAGUUCUCAUUCAG